AUGGACUGGAGAACCAUCGGCAGAGAUAAGGCGGAAUCCGUCUUGAAUCUGAUACCAAAGGAAUGGAGGCUCGAGGCCAUUCCGUCAGCAGAAGAGCAGAGAGACAUCACGGGCGGAUACAUCCAGCAGUAUCUGGACAAGAGGGAAGUCGAGAUCACCGAGACUGAUGCCGUGGGCAUUGUCAAGAACACGACAUCUGGUAUCUGGACUGCCGUGGAGGUUGCCAAGGCCUUCUGUCACAGGGCUGCCAUUGCACAUCAACUCCUGAACUGCCUGCAUGAGAUCUUCUUCGAGGAAGCCAUCGCCGAGGCCGAGAAGCUGGACAAGUACUUCGCACAGCACAAGAAGCCUAUCGGCGCUCUCCACGGAUUGCCGGUCUCGUUGAAGGACCAAUUCCACGUCCGUAAUGUUCAGACAUCUAUGGGAUACAUAGGUUGGCUCGAUACCUUCCAGGGCAGAAAGGGUACGGGAAAGGAACUGAAGUUCGAAUCAGAGAUGGUCCGUGAACUUCGCAGCCUUGGGGCAACCCUGUAUUGCAAGACUUCGGUGCCCCAUACCCUAAUGUGUGGGGAGACUGUGAACAAUAUCAUCGGCUAUACUCAAAACCCCAAGAACCGUAAUCUAACUGCGGGUGGCAGUUCAGGUGGCGAAGGGGCUCUUAUUGGAUGCAGAGGCAGCUGCGUUGGCUUUGGAACGGACAUAGGAGGCAGCAUCCGAAUCCCUGCCGCAUUCAACGGUCUCUAUGGCAUUCGACCCUCCGUGGGACGGCUUCCAUACGAGGGAAUGGCGAACAGCAUGGACGGACAAAACAGUGUGCUUAGUGUCGUUGGGCCGUUGGCAACUACGCCAGACGCAUUGAAACUGGUGAUUCAAGCUCUACUAAGCACAAAGCCCUGGUUACACGAUCCAUUGGUGCAUGAAAUCCCUUGGCGUCCGGAAGCUGAGCUCGCCGUGUCAGAUCCAAUCCAGCGAGUCGCCAACAAGCUUUCUUUCGGGGUGCUCCGAGAUGACGGCAAUGUCACUAUCAUGCCACCGGUAUUGCGAGCGGUUAGCAUUGUAGUGGAAGCACUGAAAGCACAAGGUCACGAUGUCAUCGACUGGAAGCCCACCCCUUCACAUGACAAGCUUAUCGACAUCUGCGAGAAAUGCUGGGACUUCGAUGGGGGCGAUAACUGCCGAACGGACCUUGCACUCUCGGGCGAGAAGGCUGCUCCGCAGGCAUUGGUUGCUGAGGCACCACAAGCUAAUGCUGCUGAUAUCAUGGCCACGAACAUUCUCAAACGCGAGGCUCAAAAGGAUUACAUGGAGUAUUGGAACAGCACGGCAUCUCUCACGAGCAGUGGUGAGCCUGUGGAUGCCAUCAUUGCUCCAUUAGCACCCUUCCCCGCCGCCCGACCCACGAAAUACACUUACUACGGCUACUCGGUCUGGGUGAAUGUCUUGGACUACACCAGCGUCGCGAUACCCAUUACCAACGUGGACAGGAACAUUGACAAGACGAUCGACAAUUUCCAGCCCGCCAACGAGGUGGACAGAGAGACGCAAGCAAGUUGUACGUAUUAUUCUUCCCAUGUACAUCACCCUCACUGUGACUGACGGCUUGCUAGAUGACCCUGAUGUAUUCGACGGUGCGCAUGUCAGCAUUCAGCUCGUCGGCCGACGUCUCCAGGAGGAAAAGAUGCUUGCUUUGGCGAAAUACGUGGGUGGUAUCAUUCAUGGGCAAGCGUAA